CUUCGUUCCUCCUCCUCCUCCGCGGCCGCCCCCGCCCCCCGCGCCGCCCCCCAUGCUGUCGCUGUGCGCGGGCGCGGCUCGCAGGUCCAUUGGGCCACAGCUUGUGUUGAGAAUGACAUUAGGAGCAGAAAUUACUAGCCAGCUCAGGGCUUCUUCAUACAUAGCAUCAGGACGAAACCUUUUGAGAUGGGACCUGUCACCAGAGGAGAUUAGAACAAGAACAGAAGAGCUUAUCAUGAAGACAAAGCAUGUGUAUGACACUGUUGGGAUGCUUGAAACUGAAGAAGUAACACUCGAAAAUACUGUACAGGCUUUGGCAGAUAUAGAAGUGGAAUAUGCAGUGGAAAGAAGCAUGUUGGAUUUUCCCCAGCACGUCUCCCCUGACAGAGAGAUACGCUUAGCAAGUACAGAAGCUGACAAAAAACUUUCAAAUUUUGAUGUGGAGAUGAGCAUGAGAGAGGACGUUUUUCAGAAGAUUGUUUAUUUACAGCAAACCUGUGAUCUUGAAAAUGUAAAACCUGAAACAAAGCGUUAUCUGGAGAAAUCUGUUCAAAUGGGGAGAAGAAAUGGACUCCAUCUUCCUAAAGAAGUGCAGAAAGAAAUAAAGACAAUGAAGAAAAAAUUGAAUGAGCUGUGUAUAGACUUUAACAAAAACCUGAAUGAGGAAAACACAUUUCUUGUAUUUUCUAAGGAAGAACUUGAUGGCCUUCCUGAUGACUUUAUUAACAGUUUAGAAAGGACUGAGAAAGACAAAUACCAAGUUACCUUAAAGUAUCCCCACUAUUUUCCUGUUAUGAAGAAGUGCUGCAUUUCAGAAACCAGGAGAAAAAUGGAAUCUGCCUUUAACUCGAGAUGCAAAGAGGAAAACACAAAAAUUCUGCAGCAGUUGCUCCCACUAAGGGCAAAAGUAGCAGAGCUUCUUGGUUAUAAUACACAUGCCAACUUUGUCCUGGAGGUAAACACUGCCAAGAGCACGGAUAACGUAACAAACUUCUUAGAUGAUUUGAGUAAAAAGCUAAAGCCUUUGGUUGAGGAAGAAAGACAAUUUAUUCUAGAUCUGAAGAAGAAGGAAUGUAAAGAAAGAAACUUUGAUUAUGACGGAAGAAUCAAUGCAUGGGAUCUUCAUUAUUAUAUGAGCAAAACUGAAGAGCUGAAGUACUCCAUAGAUCAAGAAAAACUGAAGGAAUACUUCCCAAUUGAGGCUGUUACAGAAGGCUUACUGAAUAUUUACCAGAAACUGCUGGGGCUUGAAUUUGAGAAAAUAGAAAGUGCUCAUGUCUGGCACGACAGUGUUACUCUUUAUGCAGUAAAGGAUAAAUCAACGGGAGAAAUGCUAGGACAGUUCUAUUUAGAUCUUUACCCCAGAGAGGGAAAGUAUGGGCAUGCAGCCUGCUUCGGUCUACAACCCGGCUGUCUUCUCUGUGAUGGCAGCAGAUUGAUGUCUGUCGCUGCUCUGGUAACCAACUUCACAAAGCCGACAUCGGAUCAUCCGUCAUUGCUGCGACAUGAUGAAGUAAAGACUUACUUCCAUGAAUUUGGUCACGUAAUGCAUCAGAUAUGUGCGCAGACUGAUUUUGCAAGGUUUAGUGGAACUAAUGUGGAAACAGACUUUGUAGAGGUACCUUCACAAAUGUUUGAGAACUGGGUGUGGGAAAAAGAGCCAUUACAGCAGAUGUCAAGACAUUAUAAAGAUGCAACCCAUGUUGGAGACACUCUCCUGGAGAAACUUGCUGCCUCUAGGCUUGCUAAUACAGGCCUUCUAACCCUCCGUCAGAUUGUUUUCAGCAAAGUUGACCAGGCACUGCAUACAAAGCUGUCUGUUGACCCAGCUGAUGAAUAUGCUAAAUACUGUAUGGAGAUUCUAGGAAUUCCUGCCACCCCAGGAACAAACAUGCCAGCUACUUUUGGACAUUUGGCAGGUGGUUAUGAUGGUCAAUACUAUGGAUAUCUGUGGAGCGAGGUGUUUUCCAUGGAUAUCUUCUAUAGCUGCUUUAAGCAAGAAGGAAUAAUGAAUCCAAAGGCUGGGAUGAAAUACAGAAACCUCAUUUUGAAACCUGGAGGAUCUUUGGAUGGAAUGGAUAUGCUACAUAAUUUUUUGGAGCGUAAACCAAGCCAGAGAGCUUUCCUAUUGAAACAGGCAAGCAACUGGCGUCUGGAGAUGGAGAAUCUAACACAGCAAGCCUGCAGACGGCUGGGUCAGCGAAAAGGACGGUUGAUCUGCAGAGGUGGACCUCUUCCUUCCUCUUCACACAUUUUCCAACAGACGAAGUCCCUUCUUCUUUACAACAUUGCCACGUGCAGCCUCUGUGUUUUUUGGGGUCUGCUGAGAAUGAAGAAACAGAUUCUGUGACAGAUUCUUGCAGGUGUAAAAACACUGCAGAAGGUACAACCUGUGGAUGUCUGUGAGUGGUGUGAGGAUGCCCACAGGCCAGGCUGGAUGGGACCUUGAGCAACCUGAUCCAGUGGGUGGCAUCUCUACUCACAGCAGGGGAGUUGGAACUAGAUAAUCUUUUAAGAUUCCUCCCAACCCAAACCAUUUGAUCAUACUAUGAUAGGGCCUGGCCUCCAUUGGGCUUCUUCCCACACACUUUGGUGAAACCAUGGCAGCACUUCAGUGUAAUGACAGAAGUGUCAGGACAUCCAGACUAUGCCUCUCCUCAUGACAGAACAUGGUGGAUAGUCACAGUUAGCAUUACACAGCAAUGUGCCUUUCUGGUUGCCUGGUGUGCUUAUGGGGGACUCAUAUACCCAAGAGACUACUUAUGUACCCUAUAUGGAGGCAAAAACUAUGUCCAACUUUGUCCUCUGUCAUAUGGCUGGAUGUGCACUCAGUAUUUGGUGAGAGUUAUGAAGGGUUUUAUCAUGUCAGCUUUAAAUUCAGUACAUACCAUGGAAGGAGCUUUUUAGUUGUUUAAAUACACAUUUUCAUUGUAUUAUUUCAUUAAUUUUUCCUGAUGUUUUUAAUUUGUAUGAAAUCCACUGUAAAUCGGAAAUAUGCAAUAUCUAGACUGUCUUAAGAAUAUCCAUGCUCCAGAAAAGAUUUUAUAGGUUUAGAAAUCAGCAGGUUGCUGUACACAUUGCACAGCUGCAGGACAUCAGCCUUCCCCUCGGGCUGUUUCAUACCUCUGCCACUGCCUGUUGGUCAACAACAAGAGUAAAUGUCACUUGUGUGCUGUGCUGCAGCCCACGCCUUCAUCAGGGCCAAAGUGCAAACCUCAGAGCCUGGGUCAGGAGUAGGCAGUGUAUGCCUGGUACUUUCCUUAUCCUGCGAGGCUGGAGGCCCUGCCUGAGGCAGUGCUGGGUCCGUCCUGCUGGGACUCUGCUCCCACUCCAUCCCAACUGUUUACGCAGGGUACCAUCAGCUCCAGCUCUGGGAUCAAGAGGCUCUCCUUGCCACCACAGUGCUCUGCAUCUGCCCUGGAGGAUUGGAAAAGUUUCUCUUUUUUUUUUUUUCCUACUAGGUGUUUUAGUUUUGAAAAUUAAAUCUGCAGAGAAAGGAGUAUGCAGAUUCUGCUACUGGAGCCAAGUCUUCGUGCUAUAUUUUGUGAUAUAGCAUAUAUACCUUCAAAGUCUCCCCUUAUUUUGCCCCUUAAAGAAUUAUUUGCAUGGGGAGGCUUUGUUUCUGCAUGACUGGAUAAGCUGUUGGCAUGAAAUUUCUUUCUUUCUUUUCCAAGCUACUGUUAUAUAUGGAGUUUACAGUGAAUCUUGAAUUAGCCUACAUACUCAUCUGACAAUUCUGUAUUGUGUUUUGGCCUAAACAUGCCUUAAUGUCACUCUUUUUUUUUUUUUUUGCUUUCAUUUCACUUAUUAAAUUCUUUUGCCUGGAAAAUUCCACAUGAACAGUGGGGAGAAACACCUCAGUUAUUUGAAAGAUAAAAGUGGUUUGAAGUGGAAGAUUUUUAGACCUGAACACAUAUGCCACACCAAAUUUCAGCAGGAAUUUAAUAAGAUACUAUUUUUAACUAUCAAAUUGAAAUUAGUUAAUAUAAAUUUAUGAAAAUACUAACAUAUGGAUAUACAAGCAGCUUUUCCAAUAAAAAUUGUUUAGCAACAGAGGUUAAUAAGAAACAGGGUAGGAUUAUUACCAAUAAGCAGAACCCUAAAAAUAUAUACAGUAAUUUCAUGAUUAUAAGCCACACCAUUUUGACUAAAAUUUUGUUCCCA